CUGGACAGGUUUUGAUAAAUCUCCCCCAAUAGAUCGAGCCGCCAUGUUUAUAGGGGGAAAUAGGACAGAGCAGUGAUCCUGGGAGGGGCAGCAGACAAGAGUCUGGAAGAAACAACAUACCAUCCAUCCCUCGCAGGGUUAAAUUACUGAACAACUGAAAGUGAAAGGAACUUAUAACAGUUCCGCCUUUUCUUCCUUUGCACAUGGACUUUUCUCCAUAGAUCUUGUAUUUCUAUACAGCUGUAAGGAGAUUUUCCUCUCUUCCCAGGAUCAGGAUGAGUAUUAUAACUCCUGGAGAUGAUGAUGGGACCCGGCAGUUUUGCCAGGAGAUUUGUCAGUAUGAACAUCAUAAAGUGAGGAUGAUACAUGAAUAUUUCCAAGAUGAUCUGCUCUACAUUGUGGAGAACCUGGAUCCUAUAUCACUUCUGAGUGAGCUGAAAUCCCGAAAUAUCCCAGAUCUAGAGAAAUACCUGAGUCUAGAAAAUGAUAGAAAAACAUUGUCCCGGACUUUACUACAGGAUAUAUUUACCAGAGGACGAGAAGCUGUGAUAGCAUUGUGGGUCAGUCUUUAUGUCUUACAGAAGAAUCAUGGCUUCCCUGCCCUGGACGCUGUACUGAGGGAACUCCGUCACACAGGUGACAAUCUGGUUGGACAAAUCCUCCUGGAUAAACUUGGGCACAACCUUCCCCCAGAGCUGACAGAUGUCCAGAAUUGUCAUAAGAAACAUUUAUAUGAAAAAACGGAGAAACUUCUAGAGAACAAACCUCCAAGAUGUAACCAGGAAGAGGAAAGUUUUCCAUUGUCUACACGUUAUGUGAACCUCAUCAUUGUCUCCACUGAUCAGUUUAGGGAACGCUCUGAGAAUGAGCUGAUAGAGACCGGGGUAAGACAUGAGGAAUAUAUAAAGGAGACCCAAAAUAAAUUACAGCGCAUUUCCCCCAACAAGAUGUUCCGCUGGUGCCCCCGAUCCAGACUUGUGCCACAUAUGGUGAUGGUGAGCGGAGUGCCCGGUGUAGGGAAGACCACGCUGAUGCAGAAGUUUGUCUAUGACUGGGUGAGGGGCGUUCUCUAUCAAAGAUUCUCUUUUGUCUUUUUCUUCAAAUUCCGAGAGCUGAACAGACUGGAUGAGGUUAGUCUGGAGACAAUGAUCCUCCAACAAUACCCACAUCUGGGGCAGCAGCUUGGAAACAUCUUACAAGAUCCAGAGAAACUUCUCUUCAUAUUUGAUGGAUUAGAUGAAAGCAAUCAUACAAUGGAUUUCACAUCCCAUCACUUGUGCUCUAAUCCUAGACAGCCCCAACAUUGUGGUCAGAUUGUGGUUAGUUUGAUGAGAAAGUCUCUUCUGAAUGGUUGUUCUGUCCUUAUGACCAGUCGCCCAACCAGACUGGCAUCAAUUGAUUGUACCGUUUUCCAGCGAAUAGUAGAAAUCACCGGGUUUUUUCCAGAAGAACGACAGACGUACUUUGAACAUUUCUUCUCGGACCCUGAACUGGCAGAAAAGGCUUUUACUUAUGUGAAGCAGAAUGACACAUUGUACACGUUCUGUUACCUCCCGUCCUACUGCUGGAUUAUCUGUACAGUAUUAUCCAGGAGCUUCCAGACAAGUAGUGAUCAGCCGGCGUCAUUAUUACCCAAAACAGUGACGCAGCUCUUUGCCAUAUUUGUCGCCAACAUUCUGUCCAAUCACAGCCUGGACAAAAGUGACGCUCAGAAGAUCCUGCAGUCCAUCGGAUGGAUGGCACAAUAUGGAGUCAUGAAUCACAGGAUUAUUUUUGAUGAUCGAGAUCUGGGUUCUUUCCAUGUGGACAAUAAGUCAAAGCUCUUAUCAAGUUUUGUGAUAGAAUCCGAGGAACCUGUGACCUAUUCCUUCUUACAUCUCACUGUUCAGGAAUUCUUCUCUGCCUUGGUGCAUUAUGUGGAUUAUUCUCCUGAGAAGUUACAGGAAUCACUAAAUAAAGCCAAAUCCUAUCCUGAUGGACGUGGUGAAAUGUUCCUCCGUUUCCUGUGUGGUCUAUCAGACGGCUCCACCAGGUCAAUACUAACCGGAUACCUGGACAAACAAAUAGUUCAGGCCUCCAUAGAUGUCAUCACUUGGCUGAAGAACUUUAGUUCAGAAAAACAAAAGGAAUGCAGAGACCAUGAGGAACAUCUUCUCAAUACAUUCUUCUAUCUGUUUGAAUCCCGGAAUAAGCCUCUAGUGCAGGAAUCAUUACAAUCAUACAGAAGACUUAACCUUUCUCAUGUUCACAUGUCCGCUUUAAACUGCACAGUGUUAUCAUUUAUCAUAGAAACCUGCACAAAUAUAGAAGCACUCUCUCUAAAUGAAUGUUCCUUAAGCCCUGAAGGAUUAGAGAAACUGGAACCAGCUUUACAUAACCUGCAGGACCUAAGCUUGGAAAGUAAUGAUCUACCCGACACUUCCUGCACCCAGUUGGCAUCUGUAAUAAGGAAUAACUCCUCCCUGAAGACACUUCACCUGUCUCAUAACCGUCUGUCUGGUCCUCACUUCAGCGACUUGGUGGACGCUCUGUCCAGUCCAGACUGCAGGAUAGAGACAUUACAUUUGAAUAAUAAUAAUCUACAAGAAACUUCCUGCACCCAGUUGGCAUCUGUAAUAAGGAAUAACUCCUCCCUGAAGACAAUUGACCUGUCUGAUAACCGUCUGUCUGGUCCUCACUUCAGGGACUUGGUGGACGCUCUGUCCAGUCCAGACUGCAGGAUAGAGACAUUACAAUUGGGUGGUAAUAAUCUACCAAACACUUCCUGCACCCAGUUGGCAUCUGUAAUAAGGAAUAAUACAUCCCUGGAGAUACUUGUCCUGUCUGGUAACCGUCUGUCUGGUCCUCACCUCAGGGACUUGGUGGACGCUCUGUCCAGUCCAGACUGCAAGCUAAAGCAAAUAAACUUAAUGGGCAAUAAAUUGUCUGAAGAGGAAGAGGAAGAAAUAAGAAAGGUGGAAAUAGACAAACCAAGUCUGAUGAUAUUUUACCGAGCACACAGGAUGCUGAAUUUUUUGAAAAGAUGACAGGACUAAUAUCACUGAUAAGUAAAUGUCUUGUAUUAUAAUAAAGGUGAUGCCCUCGGUCAUACAGGAAAGUUCUAUCCUAACCAAUGAUACAUCCAGUAAUUAAACCCUCUAUACCAGUGGUCUUCC